UUCAACAAUCAACUUUGUUGACCCAUUCUACUCUACGAUACAAUCGCUCACCUUCGAAUGAACAGUCUGUCUGCUGCCAAAUACACUUCAGUUAUCAAUCAGACCAUCGAGAUGGCAGACCACCGGGCAAACAAAUCAUCAAACGAAUCUUCAUCUGAACCUUCCAAAUUAGACAUCAACAGUUAUGCAACGCGGAAAACAUUUGUCCAGGGAAUGCUGGAUCUGGCACUGCUAACAGCCAACGCCGCACAGCUUAAGUACCUGCUAACCGUUGGAGAGGCUCAUCCAUUUUACACGUUUUUGAUAGCUUUGGUUGUCACAUCCAUUUCCCUUCAGGUACUGCAAGCUAUCAUAAUUAUAGUGCUAGGAACGCUACUCAAUAUCAACAAAGUCGAAGAACAACGAAGGUCAGACAUCGUCAACAAUAUACUGAUAUGCUUUUCAGUGCUAUCUGUCGUUAUCAAUAUUAUCAUAAGUGCUUUUGAUAUGAAGAAUCAAAGCGUGGAGAAAGGGUCGUAAAAUAGUAUGAUCACAGGCAAACAGACGUAACGCUUACGGAAAUUAAGGUACAAUCAUUCUACAAUCCAUCAAUCGGCUGAAACUAACACAGUUUCUAUGUUUUAAAUUGUUAUUCAAAAAUAGUGUAAAUAAAAGUGAUUCAUAUGUGUAGCAACUUUGAUAAAAGAA